CGCCAUGGCCUCAGCCAUCCCGGCAGCUGAUCUCCAAUCAUUCUCUAGCUAUCUCAAGGGAUGCACACGAAUACUGGCACUGCUAGGCGCUGGACUCUCUGCCUCCUCAGGUCUCCCUACAUUCAGAGGAGCAGGUGGUCUCUGGCGAUCGUAUGAUGCCACUGAUUUGGCUACACCUGAGGCUUUCGAGGCCUAUCCAGACCUAGUGUGGCAGUUUUACAGCUAUCGCCGUCAUAUGGCCCUCAAGGCAAACCCGAAUCGUGCACAUUACGCCCUGGCAGAGUUGGCAAGAAAGAAUAAAAAUUUUAUCACGCUAAGCCAGAACGUCGAUGGUCUUUCGCAACGAGCGAACCAUCCAAAUGAGCAGCUUCAUCUUCUCCACGGCUCCCUUUUCACAGUGAAAUGUACUUCCUUUUAUUGCAACUACUCGCGGCAGAAUGACUUCACCGACCCUAUCGUCCCUGCUCUCGCCAUCCCCCGAUCUGGCCCAGAGCUAAAACCUUCAGAGAGCGAUAAGACGGGUGAAGAGGCUUCUAGGUCUCUGCAGAAUGCAAUGAGGUUAGAAAAUGAGGAAACAGGACAACAGCAGGAAGGAACAGAAGUAGACAUUUCAGACGAGCGCGUCCCGAUGCCUUCGUUGAGUCCUGACGUUCUUCCACAUUGCCCUGAAUGCAAAGAUGGUCUUCUCCGUCCCGGAAUUGUAUGGUUUGGUGAGAGCCUGCCGUUGCAAACUAUCAACGCUGUGGAAAACUUCAUCAAUACUUCCCCCAAGGUUGACCUGAUGCUGGUUAUCGGGACAAGCUCCAGAGUCUACCCGGCUGCAGGGUAUGUCGACAAGGCUCGUGCCAAAGGUGCCAGAAUUGCAGUUAUCAAUAUGGAUCGUAAUGAUGUUGGUUCUUCUGGUUUGCAGCCUGGGGAUUGGUUUUUCCAAGGCGAUGCAGGUGUAAUCGUUCCGGAAAUUCUCAAAAGUGUCAUUGGGGAUAUCUAAUAGAUAAACACACGUUAUAAAGAUAUAAAAUGCCACUAUUAACGAGAAUUGAAGCAUUUAUGUUGCCA